ACGGCCACCGCCGCCGCCGCUGCUGUCGCUACACGCGCGCACCCUCACACACGUACACUCGUACACACGUUAACGCGUACACACGUACACCCGCGUACACCGGACGUUCGUUGUGUUGCGUACGCGGUCGGUGCGUGCUAGUCGUCGGCGCACCAGUGUGCUGCAGGGGAUGACCCGGAAUUACCACUCGUCAGUGUCAGCCACGUCUCGAACGCGCGACAAUCGCGUGCGUUUAUCAUAUCACGACGAUUGCCGUCAAUAGCGGCGUAGUUCGUUUUAGUGUAUAACGUUGCAGUCCUACACGGUGCAAAUCUCGCCCGUCGGUGUGUCUCUGCAGGUCAGCUUGACGCGCGCGCCGCCGAAUGCGCUGCACCUGCAGCUGCGGGACGGCCGCCCGCGCGACGGCUGCCGCGACGCUGUCGUGGCCGCUAUCGAUUGCCGCGGUCGGCCGCCGGUAGGACGACUGUGCGAGCGGCGGACAUCGACGAAGACGCCGCCAAUAAAGACAACGACAUCGGUGAAGAUAACGAUAACAGUACGAAUAGGACGUGCCGCCACAUCUGAGCAACUCGAUAACCGCCGUCCGGGACCUGCGGUUGCAGCGGCAGUUGCCGCUGCGUCUGCACCAGCCCUCGUGGCACCGCCUGCACGCUCGAGCCUGUCUGCACCAUUACCAGCCCGGCCACCGGCCAUGGGAACCGUGCUCAGCAUCAGCCCCAAAGACCGCAAGUCCGUGUACCCGGCCAUGGCCAGCAGCGCCAGCGCGGCCGAGUUCACACUCAGCAGCUUCACAUACGAGCAGUUGACCAAGCGCCGGCACGCCGACGUCAUGGCCGGCCGUAGCAUAUCCAUGAUGCUGCCGGCCAAUAUAAACAUAAACACCAUCAACAACAACAUCAUCAACAACAACAACAACCACAACAAUCACCACCACAACAAUAACAACUCAGAGAACAAUUGCAAGACGGCGACGACAGGUGGCGAACCGCAGCAGCAGCAGCAGAGAGGCACGCUGGAAAAGAGCUUGAAAAAACAUUCGGCCUUGAUCAACGCUCUCAGCUGGAAGCGGUUCAGCACGUCGCAAAACAAAAAGAAGCUGGACAAUGGUGGCACAGCCGGAGGCGGCGGUGUCAAAUCCAAGCAACUGUUAGGAGGUCGGCAACCAUUGGUAGACACCAACGCCAACGUCGACUGUGUUGGCCGGUCUAAUGGCGUCCGUCGGUCGGCCACCACGACUGGACUGGACGUGGCCAACAAUAACAGUGGCGGCGCCGACAAACUGGUGCCCAGAGCUACGCUGGUGCCGUCGCACACGUGCCACAACCUUGUGCCACGGAAAACCAUCAUACAGGCAAGCACGUCCGAGCUGCUCAAGUGCCUGGGCAUCUACUUGCACCACAAGUGCUACAAGCUCAACGAUUUCCAGGCCGGUGACGCGGUCAUGUGGUUAAGGACGGUGGACAGGAGUUUGCUAAUACAGGGAUGGCAGGACGUGCCGUUCAUAAACCCGGCAAACGUGGUGUUCGUUUACAUGCUGGUCCGAGAGCUGGUCGACGAGCGUGUGGCCACGGAACCGGAACUCCAAGCCGUGGUGCUCACGUGCUUGUACUUGGCGUACUCGUACAUGGGCAACGAGAUAUCGUAUCCACUGAAACCGUUCCUGGUCGAGGACAGCCGGGACGCGUUCUGGGACCGGUGCCUGGGCAUCGUCCGCGCCAUGUCGGCCAAGAUGUUGCGUAUCAACGCCGAGCCCGCGUACUUCACGGAGAUCUUCAGCGAGCUCAAGGCUUGCGGCACGCUCAACGCGGUGUUGCAGACGGCGUGAUGAGUGCGCCGCCGCCGCCGCCAUACACCUGUGACGACCACCGCGAAACACGUAUAGCACAAACCGCGACGUCGCCGCCGCCGCCGCCGCCAGCAGCAGUUGUAACACCAAUGGCCAACGGUAACGCGCGUCGCUAUUAAUAUUAUUAACGUUACUUAUAUAUUAUACCGUCGAUCGUCCAAACCAUGAUGUUGUUAAUGUAUAAAUAUUAAGUUAUGUGUAUUGGAACAUGUCUUCCCACAUUGUCUACCGCGUUGUAUGAUAUCAUUAUUUUAUGUAUUAAUUAUUAUUAUAUUCCACCGCGUACCCCCUUCUCCCCACCCCUCCGACGGCCUUAACACUCUGCGGACGGUACCGUACACAAAGUUUGUUCCAACGCGGAAUUCGAGACUAUAUAGUUGCAGACGGAUCCGCGAUUGGUUUACUGCGCAUGCGCAAACGUGAACUUGGAGCUCAGUUGGAACACACACGUUUCGGCGGGCUGUGCACGAUGGCAGUGCCUCUCACUCCAAGUCCCCCCCCCCCCCCCCCCCCCAUCUGAAUCCCUGGAUCAUCUCGACUGUCCCGAGACCAAAACCGAAAACUGGUCUGGAGCAGACGCGUCUGACGGUUCCGAGUUUGUAUUUCUGUUGUGUGCGAACGGGAAAACUCUACAGCGAAUAUUUCCGCCACUAUAGUUCUGUGAUAAUGUGACCGCGUGUUGGAACAAACUCAUCAUGUACUUUCGGAUAAUAUUAUCAUCGUAGUCCAGCUAUAUCGUGUAUUAUCAACAAAACUAUACCAUGUUUGUAUCACGCCGAAGAACGCGUAACACAACACUGAUGAUGUACCGUAUGUACGUAAUAUUAUUAUCAGGCUCUGGACACUGUAAAAUGUUAACAAUAA